CUUGCGGCGGUCGUCGAGUCAGCCGGAAGCCGUCGUGGCGCUGACAUCGCAGUCUCGUGCCCUGCGGCACCCUUAACAUCGUCCAAUAACUUUUACUAACUCUCAAAAAUGGACGUUGAGGAAUUCCGUGUCCGGGGAAAGGAGAUGGUGGACUACAUUUGCACGUAUAUGACCACGCUGCGUACGCGACGGGUGACUCCAUCAGUUGAGCCUGGGUACCUGCGGGCGGCUUUGCCUUCCGAGGCCCCGUUCCACCCGGAGAACUGGGAGGACGUGAUGAACGAUGUGGAGAGUAAGAUCAUGCCGGGGGUGACCCACUGGCAGCACCCGCGGUUCCACGCGUACUUUCCAGCUGGCAACGGGUACCCUUCCAUCCUCGGUGACAUGCUGUCAGCAGGAAUCGGAUGCAUUGGAUUCUCAUGGGCGGCGAGCCCUGCCUGCACGGAAUUGGAAAUUAUAAUGCUUGAUUGGAUGGGUAAAGCGAUAGGAUUACCUCCUGCAUUUUUAGCUUUGGAAGAGGGGAGUAAAGGUGGUGGUGUAAUAGAGGGGUCAGCGAGCGAAUGUGUAUUGGUUUCAAUGCUGGCGGCCCGAGCAAACGGAAUCAAGAGGCUGAAGCACCAAUUCCCCACAGUGGACGAGGGCCUUUUGCUCUCCAAACUGAUUGCAUAUUGCUCCAAAGAGGCGCAUUCGAGCGUGGAAAAAGCAGCCAUGAUAAGCUUCGUCAAAUUAAGGAUCCUACAGCCUGAUGAACAUGGCUCGCUAAGGGGCGAUACGUUAAAAGAAGCAAUGGAAGAAGACGAAGAAGCUGGACUUGUGCCAUUUUUCGUUGCUAUCACUUUGGGCACCACGUCGUGCUGUUCAUUUGAUAACCUGGCCGAAAUAGGGCCCGUCGUAAGGAAGUUCCCUUCGGUGUGGCUCCAUGUGGACGCGGCUUAUGCUGGGAGCGCCUUUCUUUGCCCCGAACAUAAGUACCACUUGGCGGGAAUAGAGCACGCUGAUUCCUUCGCCACCAAUCCCAACAAACUAAUGUUGACCGCUUUCGACUGCUCACUCUUGUGGGUGACGAACCGCUACCUCCUGACAUCAGCUUUGGUGGUAGACCCUCUGUACCUCCAGCACUGUUACGACCACACAGCAAUAGACUACAGGCAUUGGGGAGUAUCCUUAAGCCGUCGCUUUAGAUCACUAAAAUUGUGGUUUAUGUUAAGAAGUUACGGCAUCAGCGGUUUACAAAAAUAUGUCCGACGGCAUUGCGAGCUAGCGAAGUAUUUUGAAAAGUUGGUCCGAAAAGAUGAUAGGUUUGAAGUUUGCAAUCAAGUAAAGGUGGGUUUGGUAUGUUUCCGGCUCGUCGGAGGUCCAGACGAGACGGACCAACAAAUCGACGAGCUGAACAGGAAGCUGCUGACGAACAUCAACGCGUCUGGCAAGAUACAUAUGGUGCCGGCGUCGGUGCGGGACCGGUUCGUCAUCCGGUUCUGCGUGGUGCAUCAGCACUCCACGCGGGAAGACAUCGAAGUGGCUUGGGACGUCAUAACGGACUUCGCUACAGAACUUCUAGAAGGUCCAGACAAGGAACGAGAUUUGAACGUGGAACGCGCACGCAGGAACCGUGCUGCGCUGGCCCACAAGCGUUCCUUCUUCGUACGCAUGGUCAGUGAUCCCAAGAUCUACAACCCGGCCAUCAACAAAACACCUCCCCCUGCACCCACUACACCGGUAUCUCCGCCCCCUGCGGCGGGCCCCACUACACCAGAUACGCCUGAAAGUGAUAUAGUGCAGCCUCCAACACCGAAACAAUCGUCUUGGAUCAGCUGGCCGCUGGCGUUAUUCUUCCAGAGCGUUGAUAACGACGCGAACGAUUUGCCGCUAAGAUUCCGUCACCUGGACACGAUGGUGCGGCUGAGCCCGGGCGCGGGCGGCCGGCGCGGCUCCUCCCCGGGCGCCUCCCCCGAGCGCCGCGCGCCCUCCCCCUCCGCGCAUUGACCACCCCCCGCAACUACCACUAAACAGACUAAUAUACCUACAUGAUGUUCAUUCAAUAACCCCGCAUAAUAAUUAAUACUUGAGCAUCUUAUUUCGAUUUUUUAUUUAGAAAAAACCCCACUAUGAAUCCGCUACAGUAAGUAUAUAAUCCAAAAAAAAUCGAAAGGUAUUCUAAGUGCUCACAGGUAAGUUGAGAGCCAACUACAUACUAAAUGAUUCGGAUUAUACUUUACAGGCCCACAUAGAAGUGUUUAUUUAUUUAUUAUUAUUAACAGUCUUCUAAUCGGCUACUCUGUUUCGUUCAUAUAGUUUGUUAUGGAGUUCUGGAAAUCAAAUUGAUUUAUCGUCACAAACAGAUAUGAAUAUUGUAAGUAUGCAUUAUAUAUACCUACCAUUCCAAUUAUGAAGUGAGGAAAAAUGAACUAAAAUGAAAUAAAAUAAUUUACAAAUAGGUGAAAUUGAAGGAUAUAUUU